AAAAAUUUUACAAUAAUGGAUCUGAAUAGAAAAAUAAAGGUAAUGACUAUAUUUGACCACAGAAUUAAGUAUAAUAUUGUUGUUUCUCUAGGACUGUUGAAGACAAGUGCUCCAAGUCGAGUGGUCAAUGUGUCUUCUAGGUCACAUCACUUCUGCUCAUCACUUGAUGUAGAUGACCUGAACUACGAAAAGAAUCCUUUCCCUAAAAGCCAUAUCGUUUACGGUCACAGCAAACUAGCGAAUAUCUUGUUUACCAAAGAACUGUCAGAGAAGCUGAGGGGAACAGAUGUGACGGCUAACAGCGUCCACCCAGGUGCAGUGUACACGGAGAUAAUGUGGAAAGGUGAAACUAACCUUAUCAAAAGCAUAUUCGCCUUACUUGUUUGGCUUAUGGGAAAAGACGAGAAACUUGGAGCCCAGACAAGUAUUUACCUGGCAGUGUCUGAAGAAGUGAACAAUGUUACUGGCAAAUAUUAUGUUGACUGUAAGGUAGGUCUGAGUAGUGUAUGAUGUACAUUGUUGACU